UACAGGCAACCUGAGGAGACUGACCAGACAGCAGCUAGAGGAAAAGCAGGACCCACUGAGCCGCAGCAGACUGCGUGAGCCUCAGAGGGAAAAAGAGCAGACCGAAUACCUGAAUACCUGUCAGAUAAAGAUAAAGGGAAGAGAAAGUGAGUGUGAUAAAGAGAGAGAGAGAGCGAAAAAAAACGGAGGGGGGCAAGAAGUGCAGCGCAACAGGUCAGGGGCAAGAAGCUCAAGAGUUCAACAUUCCAGCUCGAGUUACCAGGACACUCAGAGAGAAACGAGCUGAGGAGAGGGCAGGCUCGCAGGGACAGGGCAAACGAGAGAGUGCUAGAGAGAACCGAGUGACCAAGCCUUCGCGCAGCGCAGACCAGAUCGAUCCCUUAAGGAUGUGGCUCCAGGUAGCCGUGUGUCUGUCCUGCCUGCUCCUGGGGGCUCAGGGGCAAGCCACUUUCCUCAGGGCCAACGACCGGAGCGGCCGCUGCCAGUACAGCUUCACCGUGGCCAGCCCCGCGGAGAACAGCUGCCCCACGGCGGGCGGGGGGCCGGAGAUGGAGGCUCUGAAGUCCCGGCUGACGGUGCUGGAGUCGCUGGUGAGCCGCCUGGUGAGCGGGGACGCCGGGACGGCCCGGGCGGCGCCGGACGCGGGGCUGCGGGAAGCCUUCGCUCGGGUGACGGGGGAGAAGAGCCAGCUGCAGCGGGACAAAGAGAGGCUGGGCAGGCAGGUGCAGGAGCUGCAGAGGAGGGCGGAGGAGCAGCGGCUGGAGGUGGAGAAGCUGCUGGCCAAACCAUGCCAGCCACCCAGCGCCGCCCAGAAGGAUCAGAGGUCAGCCAGCGGAUCAAACAUCCUCUCCCACCUGGUGUCGCAAAACAGGGGCCAGAGUGAGGCGGGCGGGGCGACAGACCCCGCCUGGCAGCUCGGCAAUCCCAGGUAUCAGGAGGUGAAGGCGGAAGUGACAGAGGUCCCGGCACCCAAACAGAUUCAGGAAGGCAGCCAGGAUAGCACAGGCUGCGGGGAGCUGGUGUGGGUCGGGGAGCCGGUGUCCCACCGCAAGGCGGAGAGCAUCACGGGGAAGUACGGCGUGUGGAUGCAGGACCCGGAGGCCGUGGGCCCCUACGGGCCGCAGAUGCUGUGGCGCAUCAACACGGUGGGCGCGGACGUGCGGGAGCUCUACGGCUACGAGGACAUGGACCAGCUCAGCCGGGGCUUCCCCACCAAAGUGCUGCUCCUGCCCGAGCCCGUGGAGAGCACGGGGGCCGCCAUGUACCGCGGCUCCCUGUACUACCAGCGCCGGCGCAGCCGCACGCUGCUGCGCUACGACCUGGCCACCGAGAGCAUCGCCGCCCGCCGCGACCUCCCGCACGCCGGCUUCCACGGCCAGUUCCCCUACUCCUGGGGCGGCUACACCGACAUCGACCUGGCCGUGGACGAGCAGGGCCUGUGGGCCAUCUACAGCACCAACAAGGCCAAGGGCGCCAUCGUGGUCUCCCAGCUGGACCCCGGCGGCCUGGAGGUGCGGAGGAGCUGGGAGACCAACAUCCGCAAGAACACGGUGGCCAACGCCUUCAUGAUCUGCGGGCGGCUGUACACGGUGGCCAGCUACGCCUCGCCCAACACCACCGUCAACUACGCGUUCGACACCGCCACCGGCGAGAGCAGGUCCAUCGCCGUGCCGAUGCGGAACAGCUACCGCUACAACAGCAUGGUGGACUACAACCCCGUCCAGAGGAAGCUCUUCUCCUGGGACAACUUCCACAUGGUCUCCUACGCUGUGCGGCUGGGCAAGCCGGAAGCCAACUGAGCCGGAGCCGGAGAGGAUGAUCCCAGCGGGAAAGCCUGAUCGUUGCUGCUCUCCACCUGUCGCUAACGAACAUUUCCCCUCCUGCUGUCCCUUCCCGAGUGCUGAUCAUCGGACUCCUUCGUCCAGCCGCGCCUCGUAGAUCGGAAGGCAUCGCCCCCCCCCAGCGCAUGACUGCACGCUCCCCAUCGCAGCGGAAAGCACGAACUCGCACCAACAGCCAAUCUGAGAUGAAAGCUUUGCUUAGAAGAACAGUAGGAAAUGAGGCCCCCAGGGUGCACCUGUCUCUGAAGGAAGGCGUCGGCAGGGUCCACACCCCGUGCCACAGAUGAAUUAUUUUUCUAUGGACUUUGUCUGUUACCAUGUUUUGUUUUUUUUGCAUACAGCACUGAGGGGGCAGGGAGAAAAGAAAAGCCAAGAAAUGUGUGUAUAUAGUUAAUAUAAAUGUGUGUUAUACACGUAUGUAUACACCCCAUCCAUAUCUGAUGGGCCACCUGUUGAAAUGUUUUAUGCUUUAACCUACACUGUACAUAACAUAGAUAUUUCCUCUAUAACAUGUCAUUUGUCCCUGUACAUAAUAAAAUGGCACCUUUGAAAAAAUAUAUUUGCCAUUUCUGUCCUCUGCAUAGUAUCAGUACUAGUGCUGCCAACGUUGAAAAAUGUAAAUUCAUAUUCGUAUGGUUAAUAAAUAAAGAUUAUAUAAACUUC